GAAGCGGCGGGCCAUAAUGCAAAAACUUGGAGGGAACACGCAUGGACAUUCUAUGACUGGAUGGAGAACGAGACAUCUCACCCAGAUCCAAACUUGACCACUUAUGCCAUAAUGAUUCGGGCUUUACUCAA